GGCCGACUGCUUGGGUUUCCUCAAGCAAGUUCAAGCUCGAGUCCAAGCAUCCUCUGCGCUUUCUAUUUGCACUUACCUCCUUGGCUGCCUUCCCAAAUAUCUGCUCAACCAUGUCUGCCGUCGCCAGUACCUCAACAACCAUUUCUAGUGUUGCAUCCGCCGGGUAUGCCUCCCCAGCUUCGUCCUUCUACUCAUCUACAUCCAAGUCUUCCACCCCCAAACCUAAAGUGAAGCCUGUCAAUGUGUUCUCUAAUGAUGGUUCUUUCUUGGAGCGUUUCCAGCAACUGAAGAAGGAUGAGGAAGAAAAGAAGAAACAAGAAGACAUCCUCGCCAAGAAGCGACAAUUUGAUAAUCGCUUCAAAGCCCGGGGCAAGCGUCCUCCUCCUGCUACUUCCGACUCAAAUUCUAGUACAGAGCCUCCAUCCAAGAAGUCCAAAGCUGACACUCCCUUAACUCAAUAUGAGAAAGAGGUCAAGAAUUACGCUGGUGGUGGUCGCGGCCUUAAGGAUGACGGCAGCGGCGUUAGACCAUUAGUCAAGUAACUAUUCUUCUCCGUUCUUAUGUAUGUGUCACGCAGUAAUUUCGUUUUCAUGCUUUGCGAAUGACAUCACUAAUAAUCUCGAUAUUCAGUACGCAUAGUUUACCUGUUUUGCUCUCAACGCCCUGCAUAAUACCGCAUCUUGUAAUGUUACAUCUAAUGAUACCAUUUCAUUCCCUCU